AGCUUCCAGAGCUGCCACUGAACUGAGAUGCCGAGGAGCUGCUGGUGCUACUGCCAGAGGACUGGCCAGUGAUCCUAGGGCUGCCAGCCAAUCGAGACACCGAUGAGUGGCUGGGGCAACCGGUGACCAUUGAUCCUGAGGAGACGGAGGAUCGCUACUGUACAGAGACAUACUAUGUUGGAGGACAAGAGGAUGGAAACUGGAGUCCAGCGAAUUCUCUUGUGUUAUUAAGCACUGAAGAGAUGUCAGACUUCAGUGAGAGACGAAAUAUGAGAUGCAGAUAUCCUGCCGAGAGUAAAAGGCAAAAGAAAAAAAUAUUGAGGCUAAGGAGUCAAACAGUAAAAAGAUAGAGGCAAGUGAGCACAGAUAAAGAGCAGGAUAAAGACAAAGUGUUUAUAAAGCAGAAGAAGAAGGGGGUUUGGCUGGAUAACUCAACCCAAGAGUGGAGAUGCACAUUCCUUUCCCAGGAUUGCUAACAUCUGGAAACGUGCCUCCUUUAUGGCCAAUGCAGCUCAGAUGUAACCAGCAGGGUUUGAAGAAACUCCAACCCCAAACCAUUUUUGCCAUGGACCAUCCAGGAGAGUACCACAGAAUCCAGGGACCUUGCCACAGAAUUGAGCACCUGCCUAUUGUGGAGUACCAGAAAAGGAGACUCCACUGAAAGACAAUAUCUCUGCAUUAGGUACUGAAUCACAGAAGCUUCUCUGUCACACACAGCUGAAGCAAUCAAACAAACUACAUCAGCAGCACAAAGGAGUGAGGAGAGACAGACAUGAGCCUAAUUCCAUAUCUUUGGAAAGCCCUUUCCUCAAUAUUUGCUAUAACAGAAGUGUCUGUCCCUGGCAAGGGGACAGUCUGAAACACGGAGAUACAUUUUCCAAGUGCUCAGUUGGUGUGUUUGGAUAAACGUGGCCGAUUGAAAGAUUUGCACUUGGAGGUCUAGGGAAGGUUGUCUGCUGUAGUGGCCUAGGUGAGUGGGAGCUUCUUCAAUUAGUGCCCUAGGAGUCGGUAUGUUAGGGCUCAAUUGUGGCUUUUAGGCACAGGCCCAUAUCGAGGGCAGUGCUGCUCCACAUGGCCCUGGGGGGACUCCCAGUGUGCAGGGGAAAUAUACAUGCUACCCCUUCCUAAGGGAGUGGGUAGAGUACACCCAUCUCUGCACCUAGCCAGCUCUGCUGACCAGUGCACAGGUGUCAGUACCAGGGCCCUGCCUCUUCCCCUACUCUCACCCUUUGGGGUGGUUUGUAUUCCCAGGCUCACUAGGUGGGAGCAGUUCUUCUCUUGGACCUCUUGACUGCUCACUGGGGUGAGGAACACACUCAUUCUGGAUAUUCAGCUCAUCCCAUCAUAAGUGGUUCUUUUACUUCCUUUUCAGACGCUUCUUCUUUAUUAAUCACUGGCACUCCCACUGUUCCACACUCCUCCCUCCUUCUUUUAAUGGUGUCACUUUGGUUUUAUGGUAUUUGAGUUAAUUUUUAUCACAUGACACAAGAUGCUGUUUACCUUAGGGUUUUAUACUGCUGCCAAUCACCAUAGUAUCUGAGAACCUUCCACAUCAAAUCCAUAACAAUAGCAAAGUACCUAGUGGACUUCAUAGACCCUCUGGCUCGUCUCCCUUUUCAGAGUCAAAACUCUGCUUGGAGUCAGGUUUGUGUUUUGGAUUUUUAGACAUUAUUAAUUUACUGGGGGUUUGCCUGGGGUGUUUUGGCUUGGAGGGAAUGGUAAUGGUGUCUUCCAGUGUUGAGCACUGAAAGUUUCUCAUAUAAUGCCCCAUGUGCUUUGGUGGGAUCUUUAUUUAAAAAUCAAUCAAUCAAUAAAAUAAUUGGCUUAAAUCCUGAAAUUUUUACUUUGAUUUUUUUUUACUCAUCUUUACCCAGGCUGAAUAAAAAUGUAGGACACAACUAGUUCUCCAGACCAAUGAGCAGAUGUCCCUGUGCCUCUAGUGGACCACAUGAGGCCCUCUGAGAUCUCAGCAGAUCUCUGGAGUUGAAUCCCUGGGUGCCCUGUGAGGACAAACUAACCCCCUGGCAGAAGAAUUCAGAGGAAAUUCUAUCAGAGGAACCUCAUGGAACUAACCCACCCAGAAGUUGUCCUAUGAGUUUUUCCAUUGUAGGCAGCAAUCCCCUUCCCCAAAGUGAGGGCUUCAGGAUUUGUGUGAUGAGAAGCAGUGGAAGUAAACUACAACAUAUCCAACCCUUUGGCACAGUUAGUUAACUUAGAUAACAAUGGGGGGAAAUAAUGUGACCUGAUAUUUAUAUGCAUUAUUAUUAUUUUAUUACAGUAAUGUCUGCAAGUCCCAUCCAAGAUUGGGACCCCAUUAUGCUGGUCACUUUAAAAACAGAAUAACACAUGUUACUGUUUCAAUGUGGUUCUUCUGUGAAGCUUGUUGAAUACUCUUCAGAGAGUUCGGCUGCUAGACUGUCCAAAAUACAUGACCAAUAUCUCCCAUCUUGGUGGAUUUAGCUCAGCAUUCAUUUUAACAUGGGUUAUACAGCAGCACUUGAGGAAACACCUGUUUUUCUGUUGCUCAGGUUUCCUUUUGCUACUUAGUAGGGUGCAGUGAAUGGUGACACGUCAUUCAGUCCAUACAAGGUAAACAGGAAGGUUGGGCUCACUCAGAAAUGAGUAGGAAGAGAAUGUUUUUAAAAAUGGUGAAAAUAAAUUGCAAAUAAAGAGAGACGGCAAGGCUCAGUCCAGUGUCUGGCAGAGAAGUGACCAUGUCACAGAAAACAACACAGGUAAGUCUCAGCAGAUGGGCUCAGGAUUGAAAGGUCAUGAAGGCUGAGCAACUCUCUCACCCUUGAAAGCAGGCUGCCUAGAAAGGGACAGAGGUGAAUUGCUGAGGCAGGAUGAGCUGCCUAAAAUGCACUUAAACAACAAAGAGUCUGGUGGCACCUUACAGACUAACAGAUUUAUUUGGGCGAAAGCUUUUGUGGGUAAAAAACCUCACUUCUUCAGAUGCCCAAAUAAAUCUGUUAGUCUUUAAGGUGCCGCUGGACUCCUCGUUAUUUUUGUGGAUACAGACUAACACGGCUACCUCCUGAUACUUGGUACAAUGCACCUGUCCAUCAAGUGGGAAAUGGAUCUUCUUUUGAUGCCUCUUUAAUAGCUGCAAUAGAGACAACCCCAAUGUUCCCUUUAACUAAUGUCAGGCCUAUAUAAAAAAACAUAGAUCCAAACAUUCAUGCACUGGUGAUGUUCCCAUCCAGAUUUAGAUGUGGAUGCAAACUGCUAGGCUGGAUUCUAUCUCUAGAAUGGGUUAAACCAAAAUGCCAUCUGCAAACACUCCCAGCUGUUGAAAGUGCUGGGCUUUACUACCUGCCCAGGUCCAAGGAGAGGGUUGCGCAGCUUGUCCCAAGGCCCACAGUUCAGUUUCCCUGUCUGAGAUUAAAUGACUAGAAAACCAGUACCACUGGUGUUCAUUAAUCUACUGGACCCAGAGGUUGUGGAUAAAAAGAGGAGGAGGAAAGGAAUGGUAAGAGGGGGAAAAAAGAAUGGGAAUGCUGGUCCCAGUCUCAGGGGACAGUGGGACCAGCUGUAGAAGGGGAAGAGUUUUGAUUUGGAAGAGAUUGUGGUUUGUGAGUGUUUGUCUUUCUAUCUGUCUGUCUCCACUCUCACUGCUGGCUCUAUUCUGCCACAGACACACUAGGAUGUUAAAAUAUGUCCAGUGUGGACCCAGAGUAAAUUACACAGUAAACUAUCCUUAGUGCAUUUGUUUGCAGGUCCUGAAUAUAGGCAGCAUACAAGGUAACAGCAGAACAGGAUACACACACCUCAAAUACGAGGCUGGAGCUAUAAAAUCUCUGCUGUCCUGCAGGAAAAGAAAGAUCUUUUACAAGGUGCUCAGUGUUAUUCAGUGGAAUUCACCCUGAAAAAGAGAUGGAAUAUUAAGGAACCAGGUCCAUAUGCAGAGCAAGGUAAAAGCCAUAAUAUGGGCUAGGAGUACAACUGUCCUGGAUAUUCAUCUACCAUCUAUGGCUGUGAUUUUCAUUUUCUUGGAACAAAAGAGUCAAAGAAGCCUUCCUCUGCGGUAGCCCCAUCCCAAGAGGACUCUGUCUGACAGCACCGCAGCUCCAGGGUUUUUGCUGCCCCAGGCAAACUAGGAAAUGUCUGUCCUUCACACUAUUCAGUCACACACACAAUAAACACCCACUAAACAUUUUGCUUCCAUAGGCAGUUGUCUACAGAGUAAAGCCAUCCUUGCUGCCUGGUACCUAGCUGAUCAAUCCCACAGUAGUUCAAAAUAAACAUGAGAAGUUGGGUGUUAAGAUGCUAAGGUGGAGAGUACUAGCUUGGUGUUAAUUUGUCUAAAAGUGCCACUAGCAUUUUGGUAAUGUCCCCUUGAGCAUUUGUCCCCUUGAGCAUUUCUCUCUCCCUGUUACAGUGAUUUUACUUCUCUGUAUAAUUCUCAACUACCAAAUCUUCAGAUCCCUUGUAAAGCCCUAUUUAAUUAACCUUUGUCUUGCAUUCAUAUCAAAUGUGAAUGGAACAGAUAAUUGCAUGCACAGUGCUCUUUUUGUUACUGGCAUAUCAGAAUUGUUCAUUUCUUUUUACCUCCUGUCCUGCUAAGAGGAUAGGUUGCAUCCACUCUGUCUGUGGAAUGGCAAACAUUAACAAUUUGUGGGACUGCCCUUAACUGGGAUGCUUGUGUGGAGCUUAAUGAUUAUUCAGCUAUUAUGAACUGUUAGAAGAGUACAAAUAAGAAAAGCCAUGGAAAUUAUUAUACAUAAUAAAGUCACAGAAAGGUAAGUGUCCUUCAUUUCACUGAAAUACAUUUUGAAAUGUACCUUUCCUAAUAAAUGUAUCCGUAGGGAUGUUCUGAGCCUGGUGCUAGGGAUAUAGGAGACAGCAAGGAUGCACUUAAGAAUAAAUUCUGUAUUCUGUUCUGUAGUCCCAAGCAACACCUGAAGUAGAGCACGUCCAUUGUGGUGGAGGAGGCACAUUGCCAGGAGCCCAUGCAGAAGGUGACCAGCUCAGUGGAGCCUCUUUCCACAUUGCCGUAGAGAUGGUGUUGUGAGUGGACCAGGCUGGGCCAGGGAAAGUGAGAAAGUGGAUCUGCUGGGUUCAUGGAGAUCCAAAGAGAUCAAGUGAUUUUUCCCAAAGACACAAAAUGAGAGCUCCUUCAACAGAUAUGCCAGCUCGGGGGUGCCCAGAAUGUACAUGUUCCAUGCUGGAUUCAGGCCCAGGGAGCGGGGCUGGCUGCUGGAGGCUGCCUGCUGGUCGAUCGCUGUCCGUGGUGCUGAUUUACGCUCUGAACCUGCCCAUCUAUUUGACUUCAAUUCCAGCACGGUCCCAGUUUGCACUGAAGUUUCUGGACCCUUCAUUUGUACCAAUUACAAAUUCGUUGACACACGAGCUGCAGGAAAAGCCUUCCAAAUGGACGUUUAAUAGAACAGCAUUCUUACAUCAAAGGCAAGGAAUUCUCCAGCAUGUUGAUGUAAUAAAAAAUUUUUCUUUGACCAAGAAUAGUGUUCGGAUUGGACAGCUGAUGCAUUAUGAUUAUUCCAGCCAUAAGUAUGUUUUCUCUAUUAGCAAUAACUUCAGAUCACUGCUUCCAGAUGUCUCACCUGUCUUGAAUAAGCAUUAUAACAUUUGUGCUGUUGUUGGAAAUAGUGGAAUCCUUACAGGGAGUCAGUGUGGACAAGAAAUAGAUAAGUCUGAUUUUGUUUUUCGUUGCAACUUUGCUCCAACUGAGGCUUUCCAAAAAGAUGUUGGAAGGAAAACCAACCUUACAACCUUCAAUCCCAGCAUCCUGGAAAAGUAUUACAACAAUCUUUUGACCAUUCAGGAUCGCAAUAACUUUUUUCUAAGUUUAAAAAAGCUUGAUGGGGCCAUUCUUUGGAUCCCAGCUUUUUUCUUCCACACUUCAGCAACUGUUACAAGAACAUUGGUUGACUUCUUUGUUGAGCAUAGAGGGCAAUUAAAGGUCCAGCUGGCUUGGCCAGGAAAUAUAAUGCAGCAUGUCAACAGGUACUGGAAAAAUAAACAUUUGUCACCCAAGCGACUGAGCACAGGUAUUCUUAUGUAUACCCUUGCUUCUGCAAUAUGUGAAGAGAUCCACUUGUAUGGGUUUUGGCCAUUUGGAUUUGAUCCUAACACCAGGGAAGACCUCCCAUACCAUUACUACGAUAAAAAAGGAACAAAGUUCACUACCAAGUGGCAGGAGUCCCACCAGCUGCCUGCAGAAUUCCAGCUGCUCUACAAAAUGCAUGGUGAAGGACUAACUAAACUGACUUUGUCACAUUGUGCCUAAGAACUUAAAACUUGAAGUGCCAAAUGAUUGUUUAAAAAGUGCCCAAAACUGAAUUAAACAUUCUUUAAAAUAUAAUUCUAAAAAAAAAAAGAAAAAAACCUAAAAUAUUUUCCAUAAUAUAAAGAUGCUUUUUAAUCACCCUUAUCACAACUCAUCAAAAGGUUUCAGCAUAUUUAGCAAUGCAAAAGUGUUUAUCAAAAUGUACCAACACUAUUCAUGGACCAGGAAAGUUUAAACUAUUUAAGAUAGAUAUUUUGCAUUUAUAGAUAUGCUACUAAAUACAUGUUUUAAAAUAUUUUCAUAUAUACAUAUAUAUAUAUUUUAACAUUACACUAAAUGCCUCUAACCUCCAAAUUUUAAUGUUCCAUGGAGAUUAGAAUUAGAACCGUUAGUUUAAAGUAUUUUGCUUAUCUUACAGCUAUUACUAUUAGCAGUGAAACAUACACAUGUUGCCAUGGCUAAUUGGAGGAAGCUAAUUAACAUUUUCAUUUACUAUCAAGUUCUAGUUCUUUAGAACGGACUCUGAUUUUCACAGUUUGCAUAUCAUCUGUGGUCUUCUAUUUUACAUUUUCCUAGGAAUAGUAUUAAAGUGAUGGGCCUUGUCAUAGCUAGAUACAUAAAUUGUUCUUAGGUUACUUCAGUGUUUUAAUUCAGUUUGAGACAAAUCCUAGAGGUGGACCCAUUUAAAUCAAUGGGAAUGUUGAAUUAACAUCAGUGUAACAGAAUUUGGCUGUUUGAUUUUAAAAUUAAUGUAUCAAGAUUAUUAAUACAAUUUUUUUUAAAUUCUAUUCCGUUAUGAGGAGACCCCAGGCAUCCAAGGAAGGGCCCUUCAUAAUCCUAUCCAAACAUCUCCAAAGGGGGCUGGCAGUGAUUUUAGAAAUAUAGAUCCUUUUGGAGGAGGAGCACAAUUUGUAAUAGUCUCUUUGACCUAGGCUCUUCUAUUUCUAAACUCCCCUUCAUCGGUGUUGUUGCUGCACUUCCAGUCUUCACAAGCCUAACCCACAUAUUCUAAAGCCACUGCAAGAAACAGAUUUUCCACUUCAUAGUCCAUUGCACUACCAACCAAAGCUCUAGUCCUGCAAAGAGUUCUGUGUGGCCUCUGGAGUCCACCUAUGCAGAUCUCAUUACAGCAUCAGGGCUCAAGAUUUAAAUUAGAUUUUCACAUACAUUGUUUCUUUUUCCUUUUAGUGCUACUGUACCUCAAGAAUAGUUAUUCUAUGUGUUUGGGUCACUGUGAUACAUUGUGUUAUGUUCCAAAAGUGGCAUCCAUAUUGGAAAUGCUAUACCCCAUCCUGUUGCUCCCUCUCCAUGUCCCCCUAAAAAAGAUGUGCAGAAACCAGGGUAACCAUUACAUUGCUCCUGGACAAGUGUAUAUAGUUGUCUAAAAAAAAAGUGUAAUGAUGAAACGUAAUUCGACAAAAAUCUUGGAUAGGUUUUUUAUUUGGGAGCAGUGAGGAUAAGCUCAAUGCCAACAAACAGAUUAAAAUUACUGGCUAAAAUUUUCAAAUGUAGGUGCCAAAAGUUAAUCACCUAAUUCCAUAUUUAGGUAAAUAAACAUUCUCUGAAGUCCAUGGGAGAUGCAGGUUUCUAAACCACUUUGAAAAUCAAGCAACUUAUGUAGGGAUGUAACUUUUGGGGCCUACAUUUGAAAAUGUUGGCCAUUAUGUCUCAGGCCAAUUGAUUCUAAUAUUUUUUAAAUAAACCAUUAUACUUUAAAAUAUUCUAACAAUUUUAUAUUGUUUUGUAUGGCUUUAAGUGAAGAAUAACUAAGCCCUGGAGGUAUCUGUGCUAAAGAUGUAAAACAUCACACAUGCUGCUACCUUAAUUUUUCCAGGAUUCCAGGAUUCUUUAUCUACAAAGUAGAAAUAGAAUUUAAGAAAGGAAAACUCCAGGGUAAUAUAAAGAAUG